AUGAAUUCAUUAUACACUCUUGGCAUACGGCAGACGUCGUCAAUACAAACAGAUCUGAACAAGCUGCGUGCAGGAGACUCGUCCACGUCACUCCAAGGUCAAAUUUCAGCAUCAUUAGCCGCGUUGAGCAGAACAGUGGAUGACUAUGAUUCUAUGGCAAAGCGAGAGAUGAUUGCAGCAAAGCAGGAGAAGGCGUUUUCUCGGGUACACAAAUUUCGGCAAGAUCAUGCAGAACUGCGAACCCAAUUCGAUACUCUGAAGAAGGAGGCUGCCAAUGCACGGGCUCGCGAGAACCGCAAUGAACUGUUCGGUUCAACCACGUCUAUUCCUCUCUCACCAGGUAUGGGUCCCUCAAUUAUGACUGCCCGCCAGCGAUCGUUUGCAGCUGGUCCCUCUCAACCACCUGAGUGGAUGGAAGAGUCCCCCUUUUCCCUCCGUCCUGCCGUCCAGUCCUCAGCCUCCAUGAGGGAAUCCCAUGCCCUAAGGGAGCAAUCCUUCAUCGAGUCGACCGAGAACCAGCUUGACCAGUUCCUAAUGCAAGGGAAGGAAGUUCUCGAUAACCUGGUGGAUCAGAAGAACUUGCUGAAAGGGACGAAGAAAAGGCUGCUAGACGCUGCGAAUACGCUCGGACUGAGCAGGGAUGUGAUCUCAUGGGUGGAGAGGAGAACGACACAAGAUAUUGUCAUCUUUUUCGUUGGCGCUAUAGUCACACUUGUCUGUUUUUACUACAUUUGGGUAUGGUUUGGUUGAUCAGCACCAGCUCUUGUGUGGCUGCUUGUUCCAAUAGUGUUUAUAUCUCUUUAAUGUGAUACCAUCUCGA